UUGAUAGCAUAUCAUCCGAGUAUCAUUCAAAUCUAAGUUAUGAUAUCAAGCACGUCACAGAUUUAAUAUUAUUACACACCUAUCAAUUAACCAUUGUUGUUGAAUGUUCAAGGCAUUAUCGAAGAUUCUUUAAAACGUAUCGUACUUGUACAGUGUUAAUUAAUCGCAAAAAAUGAAAGUUUUGUUAAUCGUUAUUACCGCACUGAUUACGACGAUUGAAGCUCGCCCGAACGUGGUGUAUCCAACAAAUGUAGUAACUGUACCACCCAAUUGCCCAGCAGGACAAGAAUGGAUCAAUGGGCAAUGCCGUGAAGUAUGGUUCCUCAUUAGAAACGAUUACUUCGUUAAAGAGGCUAACGCUCCAGCACACUAUGAUGGAUCUGCAAAUUACCAAAAUACAAUAGUAGUUCCACCAAACUGUGGGCCCGGGCAAGCAUUGAUCAACGGGGUUUGUCGAGACAUCUGGAAAUCGAAGGAAACGGCUCCACAAAAUGUUGUGAUUGUACCAGAGAAUUGCCCUCCUGGAAAAGUGUUUGUGAAUGGGAAGUGUCGUAUCGUUUGGUUUGCAAAUCAAGAACAGUCAAAGGUCUGGUCGCUAUUGGUGAAUACAUUGAAAUCUGCCGAAGAAAGGUCAAAGAGGCAAGCGGAAGAAGACGAUAUGAUUAUGAACGAAAAUAUUAAUACUAAAAACAUUAUUUCCGUACCUAAUCAGUGUCCAGUUGGUUAUAAACCUGAUGCUUUAGGCAUUUGUCGUGAAAUUUUUUCAUAAAUAUAUCUAGGGUACCUACUAGAACAGUACUCUGUAUUCUUCCUUGCUCAAGACACGGCUUACAAGCGUAAUAAAUAUUGGUUAUGUGACUUAAAUAAUUAUCAAUACAAGUAAUAAAUAUUAUUAUAAAUGUUGUUAAAUAAGUAGGAUGUAUUGCAACCGAUAUUCUUGUCUCUGAUUUAUGUUUUUUAUUAUUGACAUUAGAAAUUCCUGUUUCACCGUUGAAGAAAAUAAAAUGAACAAAGGACUUUAAAAGUGGUGUGUUAUUUCUUUACAGCAAUUUAUAAAUAUUCCGUGAGUAUUUCAAUUUCCUUUCUGUGUCAUCUGGCGACCCUUUUUUUGUGACGAUGAGAAAUCCCUUGACAGACCGUACCGUGAGCUGGCGAGGCACACGGCGUGUGUGGGACUCACACGGCGCGGGCGAGAAACAGCGCCGGUCCUACCCACUAAAACUCACCGGUACCCUCCUACGCCCAUGGGAGCGUCUCGGGAUCGACGCACCUCUGUGUGCGACAUUUCACCGGGACACCCGCGAGCCUGCCCGGCCCUACUAGUAAACCGGGCGACACGCCUCUGGGGGAUUGCGCUAGGGUACUAGGCAAUCCCCAGACGGGGUGGCCUAUGCCGAAUGGUACCUAGGGCACGCGGCGAUCAAGCCGCGCCCAGGACACCUUUCUUCGGCCCGUCCGCCUACGUCGGAGGGGAGGCGCUAGAGCGUCCUCCUCCUCUUCCCACUCCCUCUCCACGGCCUCCUGCGUCAUCACCGAAUCGCAGAAGGAGGCGGCAGCCUUCCAGGCCCUUUCGCUACGAAGCAUAGCUCUAACCAUGCUUGGCAACGAGAGGUCUCCACCGCCGAGCUCCGCAAUCAGAGUGCGGCGCUCGUUUCGGCACACGAUUAGCGUGUACUCGGCCGUGUCGUCGGGAGAGGCGCAGUGAUGACACCACGGCGACUCCUCCCGAUUGGCGACACGGUGCAGGUAGUGACCGAAGCACCCAUGUCCGGUCGGUACCUGCACCAGGCGGAAGGUGAGGCUGCCCCGCUGGCGCCCUACCAGCUCCUCCAACCCCGGACGGAUCGCCUCGAUCGUCCAGUGGCCAGCGGCUGGGUUGGCGAGUGUCCCGUCCCAUCGGCGCAGAGCCCCCCUCUGCGCCUUGGUGCGGACCCGUUCUACCUCCUCAAAGAACGGGCCGCUCGCCCUACAUUCUCGCCGCGGCCCUGUAUUGAUGCACAUGUGACAGAACCAGAGCAUCAACUUCCCACGGGACCGUACCUGCCAGGCAGCCCCGUGGCUGACCGUGUGGUUAGCCCGCACGGCCCGGGCCGCUAUGACCCUCUGCGUUCUGCGCAAGAGGGCCCUCGUGCGGGACGGCAGGCACUCCGCCCCGACCGGGGCUCCAUAUAGUGACAUCGACUUUAUAACCCAGUGACGGCACGACGUUUUCG